GACAUUAUAGUGGUUUAUCAGCAGUGUUGUAACAAAAUCCAUUCAGCAUUCAUUUGAAACUCUUGUUUCUUUGUAAAUCUCUAACAUAGUUCUUACUGUCGAAGUAUGAUAGAAAUCCACAAUUUGGCAUUUAUUGAUGCUAGAAAAAUGACUUAGCUGUUUGGUCAGUGUUUAAUUUUUGGUGGAACGAAUGGGUUUUCUUGUUUACAAUACAAUACAGUAUACAAAUUCCAGUUGCAACUUCAUAGAACUUGGCUUUAUUGCAAUCAAAGAAUACACGAAAUUGUUGUCUGCUCGAUAUUCUUCUUUUAAACAAAAAUAUUUUAUUAAAAAGACGCAGCAGCAGUUGCGGUCUAGCUGUAAAUCAAUGAAUCCAGAUUAUAGUAGUUUGAUCGCUGUUGCUUUGGAGGCAGGUAUGAACAGUUCCCUGCGUAACAUUGGCAUACAGCAACAGUUGAAUCCAGCCAUGAAUAAUAUGCCAUUAAUGUUUAAUAAUAACAAAGGUAAACCACUAAUCUCCAUGAAUACACCAGAUGACAGAAAAGAGGAGACACCUAGCAGUACUACUAAUCAAGAAAAUCCUAUGUUAGGUGGUGGGAUGAUGCCAAUGGGAUUCCCUGGUUUAGGAUUUCCUACACCUAUGAUGGGUCCUGAUCCAAACAUGAUGAUGAUGGGACCGAUGAUGGGAGUUAAUCAGUUUGGAGGAUUUAUGGGACCUGUUGGACCAGGAAUGGAUCCCAACAUGCAGAGUCAUAUUCCACGAGAGAUAAUCACAUUAAAAAGUUGUAGUUUAUAUCCACCACCACCAGGUGCACCACCUCGUAGUCACAGAGAAAAACCACCGGGUUGUAGAACGAUAUUUAUUGGAGGGCUACCAGAUACAAGUACAGAGGAAAUUCUUACAGAAGUUUUUGAAAGUUGUGGUCCCAUUACAAGUAUUCGUUUAAGUAAAAAGAACUUUGCUCACAUUCGUUUUCAGAUGUCAGAAAGUUCUGAUCGAGCUUUAUUUAUAUCAGGUUAUAGAAUGAAGAUAGAAAACAAAGAUGAUAAACCAAAUACAGGAAGAAUUCAUGUUGAUUAUGCUGUUGCUAGGGACGACCAGUAUGAAUUUGAGUGCCAGCAGCGUGCUCUGGCACGUGAGAUGCGACAUCGCCAGUCAAUUGAAGAAGCUAGACUUCGACCACCUAGUCCACCACCUGUUAUUCAUUUUAAUGAUCAUGAAUCAACCAAUGUCCUAGAACAGCUUAAAAGUGAUGAUAAUUUUGUGAAAGCCUCCCAGGUUCUAAUCACGUGGCUUGAAAGAGGUGACUGUGUUCGUAGAACCGCUAAUUCAUUCUUCAGUAUGAUCCAGGCAUCAAAUUCUCACGUUAGACGACUUCUCAAUGAAAAACAACAAUUCGAAGAAGAAUUACAACGAGCUAAGCUAAAUUUCCGUCAGCAAAUCGAAGGAAUAUUGAAACAAUUUAAUCAGAUAGAUAAAAUCUUCACGGCCGCACUUAAACAGAGAUGUUGGGACCAUUUUUCCAAGGCACAGCGCAAGAGUUUAGAUCUCUGGAACAAGCAGGCUAAAGAAAUGUUAAUUAGUCAACAAGAAGAAUUUUUGAAUGAUAGAGAAGAAGAUGAAAUGGAUUUAUCUGAUGAUCAAGAUGAUGACAUAGAAACAUCCUCAUCUAAACGUAAACGUGUUGAAACAGGAGCUGUUGAUGUUGUGGCCAGUUUAAAAGAAGAAAAUGAUUCAUUAAAAUGCCAGCUUGAAGGAUAUAAAAAUGAAAUAGAUUUGAUUAAACAAGAUUCUCAGAAUGCAUUAGAUGCCAAAGACACACAACUCAAAGCCUUACAAAAUGCACUACAAGCCAUGCAACAGCAACUGAUAGCUGCUCAAAAAUCAAAAAAGACAGUUGAUGAAGAGAAUAGUGAAAAAGAUGAUGUUAUUGUUAUAAAAUCUGAAGAAGAUAGAGAUGAAACAGAAAGUACAACAUCACAACAGGUCAUGGAUAAGGAAUUGUCGCUAGAGAUUAUACCCGUUUUAAAAUUAGGUACAGAAACUGGAGAAGUUACAAGUUCUGGUAUUAAUCUCAAUCCUAAAGAAGCUAAAUUACUAGGUCUUAUUUGCUGCUUUUUACAUGUUCAUCCAUUUGGGGCCACAGUAGAUUAUUUAUGGUCAUAUCUUAAUCAGCUUGAGAAUAUGCGGCCUAGAGAAGUAGAGGAUCUGUUAGAGAGAUUUCCUAUGCUCUUUAAACAAAUAGUUCACGGUGUUGGUGCUUCAAUUGAGAGACGGUGGAAUUUUUGCGGCUACACAAAUUUGAUAAGUUAAAUAUGAGAAGAGGAUUGUAAAAAAUUAUUAAGUGAUAUUAUUGGAAAUACAUAGAUGAUGAAAUUAAUGUUGCCUUUUGUAGUGUACAUAUAUGUCACAUAUCUGUCCUAUUAAAUCAAAAUCAUGUCAAAUAGUAUUAUUUGAAUUUAUGAAAUUCAUAUAAUGGUUUCACCUUGUGUAUAUUUCAUUUAGUUAUAUAUUGUUCAUCCUGUAAAUACAGUUUGUCAUAUGCAUGCAAUAGAAAAUGAUUAAAUCAGAUUUGUAGAGCCUUUGAUGUUAUGAAAAUGUAUCUUCCUUGAUCAACAGUUACUUGAAUUAUCUUGAUACUACAGACAUGAUCAACUGUUAUUUGAUUUCAUGAAAUAAGCUAUCUCUCAAUUAAUUCAAUUCCUGUAAGUAGUCAAAUUAAAAUUUUACAAACGUUUUAUUUUUUGGUUGUUUAGACCGAGAUGAAAUGGAGUAAACAGAUUUCUUCAGUACUGCACAGAUCAGGGCCUAUUGUAAGUUUUUUUUGGCGAAGCACGGUUUCGGGUGUUUUGGGGUUCUGUGAAAAUUUCCAGAAUUUGAUUUCCCUACCACGCUUACACUUUUAUAACCAAAAUAUUACAGAAUUAAAAUAUUUAUAACUGUUUAGCAGUAUUUUUAUCAGUCCAAGGAUACAAAGGCAAUCGGCCUUCAAUGUCCCCUGCGCCUGAUGAUGUUCUGCCAUGUAAUUUUCGUGGGAAUACGUCAACAUCACAAAACUUUAAACAGAAAUCGAAAGUGGCCGAUGAUCAGAAUGAUAGCUCACUUUCCACAGUCUUCUCAGAUUCACAAGGCUACAUAACAUUUUUUCAAAGCACAAAAAAUAGGCCCUGGCAUAGAUUGUGAUCAUUUUCUUUGCAUGAAUACUUAGGGUAUAUUUAUUCAGGAAAUUGGGGGCCCCUUUUGAAUAUGUUUUAAUAUUUAAUUUAUCUGUGAAAGUACUGUUGCAUGUUUAAAUAUCGUAUUCAAUGGUACAAAAUCAUCUUAAUAUUGAAAUGCAAUUCAGCACUCUAAUCUUGUCAUUAUAAACUAUCUUUGCUGUUCCUGAAUGGGAUACAAAUUGCAUAUUGUUAUGUUUAAGGAUAUUAUUAAUAGUUGGAAAUCCUAUAUUGUUAAUAAAAUAUUCUUUUUUAAAAA